AUGCCCGCUCCACAAGGCAUGGUUAUGAACGGCCCAUAUGGUGGACCGGGCGGCGGCGGCUACGAUGAAGAGGAUGGAGAACAUAAAGUCAGGAGGAUUGAUGCCUGGGGACGGAGCUAUAAUGGAUACGAUGUUCUGAACGGAUUUCAGUUCACCUGGGAUGACGGCGUUCAGGGCAACCUCAUCGGUAACACGAACGACAACAUUUACGAAUUUUAUGAGUUUAAUGAUGGUGAAACGAUUGACAGCAUGACUGUCUAUGCUGGAGAUGGUGAAGGCUAUGUCAACGGCUUCGAAUUCGAUACAAACCUGGGCGGCCACUAUUCGAUUGGUGGAACGGAGGGCAAAGUUAACUAUCUUGAAAACCUUGGGACUGGUGAUUUGACUGCAGCGGCAGGCAGAGAUAGUACUCACGGCUCUGGAGACGUCGUGGAUAGUAUUGACAUCUACUUCAAGACCUGA